GUUAUUGAGUAUUUUAUUAGUAAAAUUUUUCGCGUUUCGCACUUUGUAGACGGUCCCUUCAGACUUCAGACUCGUCUCUCAGACGCAGCGCAUUGAGAUCAAUGUAGUUUGUUCAGAGCGGAGGAAAGCUUGUUUUGAGGAAAACACACUUGUAUCUCGUUUCAGACAUCACUACGAAAGAAAAGAGGAGUUAUUUGUGUAAUUAACAUGUUCUGCUCGUGAGUUAUUGAUCCGGGGGAAAAAAAGUCGAAUUUACUGAACUCCGCGUGAAGCUGUUCCCUAAAAACGGACUGCUGGUUGUAUAUAUGGACUUCUAUAACGGACUUCUAUGGGGAAGAAAAUGCUUAACGUGAUAUUACUCUGAAUACGCUGAAAGAGCUCGUUCUGUUGACAGCAGAAAGGGUUUAUUAUAAGUAACAUCUGAAAGAAGUUUGGUUUUCCCCGGUCAAGAUCAGCUCCUCAAAUGCUGCAAUUCACCUUCAAUGAAGCUCCUCCCCCAGAAAACACAUCAUCAUCAGUGAAGCUCCGCCCACAGUAAUUCAGCAAUAAAUGCUGGAAUAUUCCCAUCAGUUUACAAGUGAAGACGAGCAUCAGAGCAUCAGGAAGAGCUGAAAUCUGCAGAGACUGAGUUUAUUAAAGAGGACAGAGAGAAGAUGAGAGAUCCAGAACCCUGCAGAAUCAAACACACUGAAGAUACUGAACAACAAACAGAGUUGACUGAAGAAAACAAAGAGAAAGAAGAACUGAGUGAAGUUGAGGAGAAAAAUCAUGUCAAAACUGGAGAAAAACCCUCGAGUUGCUUUCAAACCAAACAGAAAGAUUUAAAGAAAAGAAGAAACAAGAAAUCUUUCACCUGCUCUCAGUGUGGAAAGAGUUUGACAAGCAAAUAUGGUCUUGAGCUUCACAUGAGAGUUCAUACUGGAGAGAAACCGUUCACUUGUGAUCAGUGCGGGAAGAGUUUCACACAAUCAGCACAUCUUAAGAAACACAUGAACACCCACACUAGAGAGAAACUGCACACAUGUGAUCAAUGCGGGAAAACAUAUUUGUGGGCUUCAAACCUGAAUAUACACCUGAGAGUUCAUUUAAAGGAGAAGCCACAUUCAUGUUAUUUGUGCGGAAAGAGAUUUUCACAUCUACAAAGUUUGAAAAUACAUCAGAAAAUACACACUGGUGUGAGAGAGUACAUGUGCUUUGAGUGUGAGAAGACUUUUACUACAGCGAACCAUUUAAAACAGCAUGAGAGGAUCCACACUGGAGAGAAACCUUACAAGUGUUCACACUGUGACAAGAGAUUCAGUCGGUCAGGAGCCCUGAAAACACACGAGAUGAUUCACACUGGAGAGAAACCAUUCAAGUGUUCACACUGUGACAAGAGAUUCAGUCGGUCAGGAGACCUGAAAACACACAAGAUGAUUCACACUGGAGAGAAACCAUUCAAGUGUUCACACUGUGACAAAAGAUUCACUCGGUCAAGAGAGCAGAAAACACACGAGAGGAUUCACACUGGAGAGAAACCAUUCAAGUGUUCACACUGUGACAAAAGAUUCACUCGGUCAAGAGAGCAGAAAACACACGAGAGGAUUCACACUGGAGAGAAACCACACAAGUGUUCACACUGUGACAAGAGAUUCAGUCGGUCAGGACACCUGAAAAGACAUGAGAUGAUCCACACUGGAGAGAAACCAUACAAGUGUUCACACUGUGACAAGAGAUUCAGUCGGUCAGAACACCUGAAAACACAUGAGAAGAUUCACACUGGAGAGAAACCGUAUCACUGCACUGCAUGAGGGAAGCGCUUCAUUCAAUUAUCUUUUUUACGCAGUCAUUCAAAAAAACAAUCACAGUAAGUAGAUCAUCUUCAGAUCCAGCUCUUUCAUGUCUGAUGCUGCAUCCUCAUCAAAUCCUUAUCAAACAUAAUUUAUUCCAAGUGCACUCUUCUAUCUGGGGCAUGAAAGAUUGCCCCAUUCAUGAAUGAAUCACUCUUUUGAGUCAAUUCUGCUCAAGAUCUUGAGCAAAGAAGCCGGCAGAACGGUGUGUAUUUGCAACUCUGGAGUUUUUUAGUGUUUAUUGAAUUCACAUAUUCUCUCAUCAGCAUAAACAACAAACUGCAGAAAAGAGAUUGAUUGUGCAGAGGAGACUGCUUCAGUAAUUAUAACAAGAGUUUUUGUGAAAGUGCAGGACUCACAGUUUUAGACUGAAGUCAUGGAGCGAUGUGUUUCUUUGUUAUUUAUUCCCAGUUUGAAUAACCGUUUUGUUUUUCAUGCUGCUGAAAUAACAAUAUGUGAAGUCUUCAUUGUCUAAUUUGUAAAAUGGAAUUCAAGCAGUUCAUGCUUUUCCCCUCGAAACAACACAGAUACAAUUCAAUCAUUCAUAUGCUAUAAAAUGGAUGAAAAUGUUUUUUUUUUUUAUGAUAAAAAAAAAGUGUUUUAUUAAAAGCAAGACUUAAUAAUAUCUCAUAUCAAAGUUUUUAUUUUUAUUUUUUUAUUGUUUCAAGGGCAUGUGUGUUUCAUAAGGAUUCAGAAUUCUGUCCCCACUUUUUGUCAACACCGUCAGACAUUCAUUAAAAUGUAAUAAAAUCAGGGAAUAUCAGGGGCAGCUGUGACUCUAAAGGACCCCUCGCCACAUUCAUCUCUGCAGAGUACAUCAGUGUCAGACAGACUCUGGUCAUUUUUAUAGUUUUAGAAUAUUUUAAAUCCUAAUGUUAAUAUUUCCUGGUCACCAUGAUAUGUCAACACCAUCUUCCAAUUUCUGAUGAAAUUAUUUGAAAGAUUUAGAUCAUUUUAUUUUCCUGAAGCAGGUUCUAUUAGCAUCUAGCAUCAACAGAAAAAAACUAAACGGCUACUAUGAAAUCUUUCUGUUUUGUGAAAGAAAUGCUAAAUUUGUCAGCAGCGUCAGAGUUGAUAUUCAAUAUGAAGUCAUCAUAUUUUUGUGGUUUAGGAAUAUCAUAUAUGUUCUGAUCAUUUUUGGAUCAUUUGUUAAGAUGUUUAAAUGUGAAUAUUAAAGGUCCUGGUGAAUGUAAAUGGAUAGACGUAACAACUAACUGUUUUAUUUGUUCAUAUAAAUGCUUUUUAAAAGUUACUGUGUUACCACAGCAGACACACUGUUCUGAGAUGAGAGAAAAUAGAUAAUUUGUGUUCCAAUGAUAUAUCAAAAUACUUAAAUAUGAAUCUUGAAUAAAAGUUUUAUAAACAAUAACAUGCACUGUUUGUUGUAUUUGUUUUAAUGCAGUAAUUGAUUGAUUCAGUGUAUUUGAUCGUUAAAAUUAUUCAGGUCUAUGUCACGAC